GAUCUAGAUGAAGAAAUCUACAUGAAGCUUCCACCUGGAUAUUCCUCAAAACAGGGGGACCCUUUUCCUCCUAAUGCUGUUUGCAGAUUAAAGAAGUCUUUGUAUGGUCUUAAACAGGCAUCCAAGCAGUGGUUCAUCAAGUUCUCUACAACACUCACUGCUUUGGGGUUUGAACAAUCCUACUGUGACCAUACUUGUUUCUUCAAAAUCACUAAUGUUGUUUUUCUCUGUGUCUUGGUGUAUGUGGAUGACAUCCUUAUUGCAAGCAAUACUGAUGCUGAGGUUGAUACAUUGAAACAACAAUUACAGUCUGCAUUCAAACUGCGAGAUCUAGGUCCUCUCAAAUAUUUUUUGGGCCUGGAAAUAGCAAAAUCUGCGUCUGGUAUCAUCAUUUGUCAACGUAAGUAUGCUCUUGAUCUCUUAGAUGAGACUGGUCUUCUUGGUUGCAAACCGUCAUCUGUUCCUCUAGAUCCUCAUCUGAAACUAGAAAAGGACUCUACUGGUGAAUUAGUAGAUGCCAAGGCUUAUAGACGUCUCAUAGGCAGAUUAAUGUACUUGCAAAUUACCAGACCCGAUAUUACUUUUGCUGUGAAUAAGCUCAGUCAGUUUUCUGAAGCACCUCGCACAGUUCAUCAGCAAGCUCUGCAUAAAGUCUUAGCCUACAUCAAAGGCACAGUUGGUAAAGGUUUAUGGUAAAACCAACUCUCUUUUACCGUGAUAAUACUGCAGCAAUUCACAUUGCUAAUAAUCCAGUCUUCCAUGAGCGUACAAAGCACAUGGAAAAAGAUUGCCACAGUGUCCGUGAAAGAUUGCUUGCAGGUCUCUUUAAACUGAUACAUGUUCCGACUGAAGAACAAAUUGCAGAUCCUCUCACCAAGGCAUUGUAUCCAGCUCAGUUUAAUCAUCUAGUGCGCAAGAUGAGUCUCCAUAAUCUUUACGCCCUAUCUUGAGGGGGACUAUUGAUGUAUAAGUUCUAAUAGAGUCAGUCUCUGUAAACUGGUACAAGUAUAAACCAGUACAUUAGAUUAUAUUUCUAAUUCCGGUUAAGGGUUAA